GCUAUAUUCAAGGAGCUUGGGCUUUUAGACAGGCUAUUGACUCCUCUCAUCAUCAUAUUCAUGAUCAUCGGGGUCGUCAUUGGCGAAUUCGCCCCACACAUUCGCGACGCUUUUGACACUGUUAGGUUCGACAGCGUCUCCGUUCCUAUUGCCGUCGGUCUGGUGGUCAUGAUGUGGCCUAUCCUAACCAAGGUUCAAUACGAAACCCUCCCAAAAGUAUUCUCGUCUCCGCGCCUAUGGAUCCACCUCGGCAUCUCCUUCGUUCUAAAUUGGAUUAUAGGGCCAUUCAUGAUGCUCGCGCUCGCCUGGGCCACUCUUCCCGACCUACCGGGAUACCGCACAGGCGUGAUUCUGGUUGGUAUCGCUCGAUGUAUUGCCAUGGUCAUGAUCUGGAACCAACUUGCGAGAGGCGAUGGUGACUACUGCGCUAUCCUUGUGGUGUUCAAUGCGGUCCUUCAAAUUGUGCUGUUUUCGCCUUUUGCACUGCUGUUCAUCAACGUUAUUGGUGGACAAGAUACCGCGCAUGUAUCUUAUCGAGACGCUGCCAUCUCUGUGCUGAUUUACCUUGGAAUCCCGCUUGUUGCGGGCGUUAUUACCCGCUACGGCGUUUGGGCGCUCACGAGCAAAGAAUUCCUCAACAAGAAAUUCCUCCCAUUCUUUUCACCACUUGCGCUUCUCGGCCUACUCUACACGAUCCUCGUCAUGUUCGCUUAUCAAGGCCAUCACAUCAUCCACAACCUACGUCCUGUCUUUCGCGUCUUCGUACCGUUGAUCCUCUAUUUCACGAUAAUGUUCUCAUGCACGUUUGCCCUGAUGUUUUAUCUCUCAAGACGGGAGGCAACAAAGGACCGCCUCUUCGGAUACGAUUUGGCUGUCGUACAAGCAUUCACCGCUUCCAGCAAUAAUUUCGAAUUGGCCAUCGCCGUUGCAAUUGCGAUUUUUGGCGUCAACUCGGAACAAGCACUUGCUGCUACCAUUGGACCUCUUGUUGAAGUUCCUGUGCUACUCGCGUUGACGUGGCUUGCCUUGUUUUUGAAGAGCAAGCUGAACUGGAGGAGGCUCGAUUCUAAGCCUCAAGAUUUUUCAUGAAGGUUUUCAAAUAGAUAGUUUCAAUUGGGAACUGAAUGGGUUCACUACUUAGC